CGCCCUCUCAAUCGGUUCUUGUGCGCAAUGGAAAUAUUUCUACGAUUUAUAGUGAUCUUUGUGAAGGCAUUCGCCUGGAUAAUUUCUCCGCUUCUGGACACAAUUGUUUAUCCUCCAAAAUCCAAAAGGACUCUAAUACCACCAGUUAAAAGCCGCCUGCUCACACUCAGCGUUCAGGAACUGCGGAAACGCCUUCGAUCCCGGCAGUUGACUUCUGUGGAACUGGUGCGCACAUAUAUCGAGCGUAUAGAAGCUGUAAACAAACAUUUAAAUGCACUGGUUGAAUCUCGUUUUACGGCUGCCCUGGAGGAAGCCAACGAAACCGAUGACCUCAUAGCCAGCUGCCAAUCCGCAUCGGAUGUGGAGAAGCUAUUCGAAGAGCGUCCAUUGCUGGGACUUCCAGUGACCAUAAAAGAAUCGUGUGCCCUUGAGGGCAUGACCUUUGCCGUGGGCAGUCUGUACAGAAAGAAUAUUAAAGCCAAAGCUGAUGGUGAAACAGUGAAGCGUUUAAAGACAGCUGGAGCCAUUCCUCUCCUGAUUUCGGCCACUCCCGAAUAUUGCUUCAGCAUCGAGACGGAUACAUUACUGAACGGGCCAUGUCUGAAUCCCUAUGAUUUCGAAAGGACCCCUGGUGGCAGUUCUGGAGGAGAGGGUUCUUUGAAUGCAGCUGGAGCCUCUCUUUUCGGCAUAGGCUCAGAUAUUGGAGGUUCUAUUCGCAUUCCCAGCUUGUAUUGCGGCAUCUUCGGGCACAAACCAAGUGGAGGAGUAGUCUCCGUUAAGGGGCACUUUCCCAACUCCAAAGACCCAAAUAUCGAACACUAUCUGGUGGAGGGACCCAUGACCCGAUUCGCCGGGGAUCUAUCCGAAUUGCUGCAAGUUAUGGCGGGCAAAGAAAACUCAGCCAAAUUGCGGUUAAACGAACCUGUCCAACUGAAUCAGAUUAAAGUGCAGUAUGCGCUGGGCUUCGAGGGAGUCAAUGGAUGGAUGCACACGUCAGUGGAUAAGGAUAUAAGAGGGGCAAUUUGCAGAGCGACCACGCACUUGAAGACGCUCGGUUUGGAGGUAAAGAAAGCUAAUUUACACAAUCUCAAGAAUUCGAUGGAGAUGGCAUUAGCUGGAAUAGCUGGACAAGAUUUAAUGGACUAUCUAUUGGUGGAUGGCGAAGCAGAGGGAUCGAACAAAGUGCUUAAAACUUUGUGGGAGAUGCUAAAAAGUUUUGGAGGUCAUUCGAGAUAUACGACCAACGCUCUGAUCUUUGAACUAAUGCGCCGCACUGGAGCCUUCAUGUCAGAAUCAAAGAUGAAUCUUUAUAUUGAAGAAUCACGAGGUCUGAUCGGGGAGUUCGCGAAUUUACUUGGAGAAAAUGGUGUGCUUAUCUUUCCAACUCUGAAUUUACCUGCUCCGAGACACAAGUGGUCAGUCAUAUCACUCUGGGGCGUCGAUUACACCCUGAUAUUUAAUGUUCUGGGCCUUCCCGUCACCCAUGUUCCAAUGGGUCUCAACGAUCGCGGACUCCCCACUGGAUUGUCUGUGAUUGCGGGGCCGAAUCAGGAUCGAUUGUGCCUCCGUGUGGCCGUGGAGUUGGAAAGAGCCUUCGGGGGAUGGAUACCGCCAGUUCCACACGACCUAGACGACUAACACAGUUACAUAAAAAAUGUUUGACGACCUCAGGAAGUUUUAAGAAACUCAUACAUCAAUUCACAGAAUUCUAAAUCUAUUUAAAUUUGUUUAAUAUUAGUGGUUUUGUAGUGUAUUUAUAUUCGAGAUUUUUUAAUGAAAUUACAUUUUUCGAGUAAGUUGAGUCUAA